CCCCCUCCCUUGCUUCUAGACUGGCCCUACAGCUUCAACUUGAGCUUCAUCUCUUAUUCGCACCUCUACCACCGGUCAACAAAACAUAUAAUCAAGCUCAUUACAUUUCUGCUACCCCUGUUCUUGAAAUUGAACUAGACUGACUCUCAUCAUCACCAUGUCUGCCUUCAUCGAUCUGUCCAAGAACUAUUCGUUCUAUGCUAUCCCGGUAGCUUGGUUCCUCGCUUUUGCACCCGGCAUCUACUCCAAGGCGCUGGGUGGCAAGAAUUACGACAUCGCCAUGCCGCGAAAAUACGCCGAGAACAUCGAAAAAGAUCAGACGCUCACGAAGGCGACCAAGGCCAAGAUUCUGCGAUGUGAAGCCGCGGCUGCCAACGGACAGGAGACGCUACCCAUGUUUGUGACCUCUAUUAUCGCCGCCAACUACGCCGGUGUGCCCGUCGAGACCAUCAACAUGCUCGCCGGAGUGUACCUCGGCUCCCGUGCUCUCUACAACUUCACCUACGUAUUCCUCCAGGAGAACCCUAGCUUCGCUCCGGUGCGAAGUCUCGUGUGGAACGCUGGAGUCGUGUCCUGGAUGACGCUGUUCAUCAAAUCCGGUAACCGGUUGUAAAUGUAUUUGUGAACAGAGUAACAGUGGGAAUUCUUCGAUAAGGGGGGGUGCAAUUAACUCGAAGUUUGGCUCAAGUAGGAUCAAAUAGUGGUCAGAUACCCCUCGGUGCAAGCCCUGACAAUUAGAAGGAACGAUACUAAGUGGCUGUCAUUAUGUUACUUAGGUACCUUGUUAGACGAUCAAUUAGCUCGUCUGAGGCUCUUAAAAAGCCGUGUCAUUAUGCAAGUUGCAAUUCGAUAAUCUGUAUUAUGUUUCGCGAUUUCCCUAUUGCUAUAUUCUGGCAUCCUGUGAAUAGCGUGUACCGUGCACUGUGUAUGUAUAUGCAAGCACAGCACUUGUUAACGAUGGCCUUUGUCAGAAGGAGUGGGGACAUAUACGUAUGAUGGCAAUGUGAGUUGUAUUCAGGAUAAUUAGAAGGUAAAGAUCUAUAGUUAAAGACCUAGG